GGGGGAGAGAGACCGCAGGAAGCCGAGAGGAGCCGCACGGACACGGGACGGAGAGAGAGUAAAGCUGAACAGGCUGGAGUGUGAGGAGAGCGUGAACUCUACAGGCAAAGAUCGUCCCCCUCCUCCCGUGCGGCUGGGAGAGGAGGGCAGGGGGGAGAGGAGAUAAGAGUUGCCCAUAUCUACUGAUCUGCUCAUGAGACAAUAGGGCGGUGUGAGCACCGGUGGGCGAAGAGCUGCACCCUCCUCCUGGCCGGGUACAGCUACCAGACUGCCUAACGCUGCAUAGUCCAACAGAAUUAAGAAAAUAUGGAAUGACAUGAAAGCGAUUAGCUAAGGAUUAAAAGCUUUGAGGACAAAACACCUCAGUGAGGUGAAGCACAAUCCAGAGAGAGGCACGCAAAGAAUUAAAAAAUGGCAGACCCUGGCAUGAUGAGUUUAUUUGGAGAGGAUGGGAACCUUUUUAGUGAAGGAUUAGAAGGUCUAGGUGAAUGUGGUUACCCAGAAAAUCCUGUAAAUUCCAUGGCACAGCAAAUGCCUAUGGACCAGGGAUUUGGUGCAAUGCAGUCACCACUCCACCACAGUACAAGCAAUCAAAACCAGUCUAAGCUGACACAUUUUGAUCACUAUAACCAAUAUGAACCACAAAAAAUGCACAUGAUAGACCAGCCGAACAGAAUGAUGGCAAACACUCCUGGGAAUGGUAUUGCCUCUCCACAUUCACAGUAUCACAACACAGCUGUUCCUCAAGUCCCCCAUGGAGGGAACCAAAUGGGCGUGUACCCUGGAAUGCAGAAUGGGCCAUCUUUUGUGGACAAUGGGGCUAUGUGGGGACCCAGGGCUGUGCAGGUUCCGGAGCAGAUCAGACCACCUUACCAGCAGCAGUCACAACAGCAGCCACCAGCACCUUCGGGACCCCAGGGACAGCCUCACCCUCAGCAUGUUCAACAGAUGGGAAAUUACAUGGUGCGAGGAGAUUUUUCAAUGCAACAACAUGGUCCACUACCGUCACAAAGGAUGAAUCAGUUUUCACAAGGGCAAGAUGGUCUUAAUCAGGGAAAUCCGUUCCUUGGUGCUGCAGGACCAGGUCAUUUAUCACAUGUGCCCCAGCAAAAUCCUAACAUGGGAGCUUCUCUACGUCAUACAGUACAACAAUUUCAUCAUCAUCCCCCCACUACUCUCCAUGGAGAAUCCGUUGCUCACAGUCCUGGAUUUUCUCCUAAUCCUUCUCAGCAGGGUGCAGUGAGGCCACAGUCCCUUAAUUUUAAUUCUCGUAACCAGACUGUACCUUCACCCACGUUAAACAACUCAGGGCAGUAUUCCCGCUAUCCUUAUAGUAACCUUAAUCAGGGAUUAGUUAAUAAUACAGGGAUGAAUCAGAACUUAGGCCUUACAAACAACACUCCAAUGACUCCCUCUGUACCUAGAUACCCAAAUGCUGUGGGGUUUCCAUCAAAUAAUAGCCAAGGACUGAUGCACCAGCAAACUAUUCAUCCUAGUGGCUCACUUAACCAAAUGAACACACAAACUAUGCAUCCUUCACAGCCUCAGGGAACAUAUGCUUCUCCACCUCCCAUGUCACCACUGAAAGCAAUGAGUAAUCCAGCAGGGACCCCUCCACCACAAGUUCGGCCCGGCAGUGCUGGGAUACCAAUGGAUGUUGGAAGUUACCCAAAUAUGCCCCAUCCUCCUCCGACUCACCAGCCCCCUGGCAGCAUAGGUAUGGGGCAAAGGAAUAUCGGCCCUAGAAACAUUCAGCAGAGUCAGGCCUUCAUGGGUAUGUCUUCAGCACCAAGGGAGAUGGGUGGGCACAUGAGACCAAAUGGCUGUCCUGGAGUUAGCCAUGCAGAUCCACAGGCAAUACAAGAAAGGAUGAUGUCUGGUCAGCAGCAUCCUGCUCAUCAAUCUUUUCAGCAGCAAAUGGCAAACUGUCAGCCUCAUCCAGCUAUGCACCAUCAGUCUUCACCUCCGUCACAUUCUCAUCACCAACCAUGGACUUCGCUUCACCAGUCGCCUCAGAACACCCCUCAGAAAGUGCCUGUCCAUCAGCAUUCUCCAUCAGAAUCUUUCCUUGAUAACUCUAUGCCGGAUAUGACUCUGAUAAGUGGCCCCAAUGCUUCUUUAAUAAACACAGAAGAUUUUUUGCCAUCCAUGCAGUCCCAGACACCGCAAAAGAAAAGGAAGAAAAAAAACAACCACAUCGCCACUGAUAAAACCGUUGAAGGGUUUGGUUUGGAAGGUUUCCCUGGGGAAAACCCUGACCUCUUAAUUGACGGAGCACCAGAUGGAAAGAAGAAGAAAAAGCCUAAAGUCAAAAAGGAGCCCAAGGAGCCAAAAGAGCCCAAAGCAAAGAAAGAGCCAAAGGAACCUAAGGCUCCUAAACAACCCAAGCCUCCCAAAGAGCCAAAAGAGAAAAAGGCGAAGACAACCACGCCAAAACCAAAGGCAAGCAAGAAGACCAGCAAUAAGUCGGAUGCAGAGGGCAGCGCUCAGAAGAAAAAAGUCAGCAAAGUGAAACCAGAAGGGAUUGAACCUUUAGAUUUGGAUAAAACACCACCCCCUUCUCCUCCCCCUCCUCCUCCUCCUCCUCCCGAAGAGGAAGAUGACUCUGGAGUACAGAAAAGACGCUCAAGCAGGCAGGUUAAAAGGAAACGCUACACCGAAGACCUAGAAAUGGAUCCUACAGGAAAAUCUGGCGAAGGCAGCACAGAGUUAGGUCAUUUGUAUUGGCCUAACACUUCAGCCCUAACCACCCGCCUUCGACGCCUCAUCACUGCUUAUCAACGCAGUUACAAAAGGCAACAAAUGAGGCAAGAUUCACAAAUGAAGAUCGAUCGCCGUAGACGUCGUCCUCGGGACGAAGUUAGAGCCCUGGAAGCUGAAAGAGAAGCAAUAAUAACAGAAAAACGCCAAAAGUGGACAAGGAGAGAGGAAGCAGAUUUUUAUCGUGUAGUAUCUACGUUUGGAGUUAUUUUUGACCAUGCCAAGCAAAAGUUUGACUGGAAUCAGUUCAGAGCUUAUGCCCGCUUGGAUAAAAAAUCUGACGAGAGCUUGGAAAAAUACUUCAGCUGCUUUGUGGCUAUGUGUCGGAGAGUUUGUCGCAUGGGAACUAAACCUGAUGAAGAUAUGUGUGAUCUCUCUAUGAUGAUUGAGCCUAUAACAGAAGAACGUGCAUCUAGAACUCUCUAUCGUAUUGAGCUGUUAAGGAAAAUAAGGGAGCAGGUUCUUAAUCACCCUCAACUGAAUGAGCGACUUAAAUUAUGUCAGUCCAGUAUUGAUUUGCCAGAAUGGUGGGACUGUGGAAAACACGACAGAGAUUUGCUUGUCGGUGCAGCUAAGCAUGGUGUCAGUAGGACAGAUUAUCACAUCCUAAAUGAUCCAGAUCUCUCUUUUCUGGAAGCCCACAGGAGUUUUGCUCAGAACAAGGGGUCUUCCCAGCCAAGCAACUUGCCCAUUCUAAUUCCACCUGGACCUGGUUACAGUGACACUCCACCUAUAAUGCCUUCUACCCCUAAUCCAGAUGAAAAGGGCUCAGGUAAUGAGGAGGUAAAAACUGAGACGGUUGAAGAUCCUGCAAUUAAGGAAGAAGCAGAAGUCAAGGAAGAACAAGCAGCAGACACUGCUGAAAAGCCUGUAAAACAGGAAAGUGAUCCAGAGGCCAUUGCUAUUAACGAUGAAAUUAAAAUAGCAGAAGAGGCUCCAGUUGGUCCAAAAUCCAUUUCAGAAAAAGGCUCAGAGGAAGAUGAUGAAAAGCUUGAUUAUGAUGACAAAUCUGAGGAGUCCUCCCAGGCAGAAGUGGGUAUUACAUCUCAGGAUAAGAACUUUGAUGAAGAAAGCAAUGCUUCCUUGAGUACUGCCCGUGAUGAAACCCGAGAUGGAUUCUUUUUGGAGGAUGGAGAACAAUCUGGGUUGCAUAUGCUUCGUGAGAGGACCUUCUCUUUCUCUUUCUGGCCCAAGGACCGUGUAAUGAUCAACCGAUUAGACAACAUCUGUGAAACUGUGCUGAAAGGAAAGUGGCCAGUAAAUAGACGGCAGAUGUUUGACUUCCCAGGACUCCUCCCUGGCUACACACCAACUGCUGUGGACAGCCCAUUGCAAAAGAGAAGCUUUGCUGAGCUCUCCAUGGUGGCUCAGGGCAGCUAUAGUGGCAGUGAAGACAUUAGUGCUUCACCGCAAGUCUCCCAGGAAACUGCACUGAGCUUAUCUGUGCCACGUCAGCGAAGACGAAGGAGAAGGAAGAUUGAGGUUGAGGCAGAGCGGGCUGCUAAGAGAAGGAAUCUUAUGGAGAUGGUGGCUCAGCUGAGAGGAUCUCAAAUGGGAGCAGAAAAUGGACAAGAAAAAGUUGUAGAUUUAUCAAAUGCCUCCAGGGAGGCUACAAGUUCUACCUCAAGUUUUCCAUCUCUUACGUCUCAAUUUCUGUUAAAUAAUUCAUCCACCCCAGUCUCAGAUGCCUUUAAAACUCAAAUGGAGCGACUGCAGGCAGGUCUUUCAUGCACACCUACAAGGCAUCUACUCAAUGGCUCUUUAAUUGACGGUGAACCCCCCAUGAAAAGGCGAAGAGGGAGAAGGAAAAAUGUUGAAGGCCUAGAUCUUUUGUUUAUGAGUAACAAAAGGUCUUCAUUAUCUGUGGAUGACACCGAUGUGACCAAAGCCUAUGAUGAAGAUAUAGAAACACCACCAACUAGAAACAUUCCAUCUCCUGGACAGCUGGAGCCGGAGACCCGUAUCCCUGUCAUUAACUUGGACGAUGGGACCAGGCUUGUUGGGGAAGAAGCCCCCAAAAACAAAGAUCUAGUUGAAUGGUUAAAGUUGCAUCCUACGUACACUGUUGAUAUGCCAAGUUAUGUACCAAAGACUGCAGAUAUGUUGUUCUCUCACUUUCAAAAGCCUAAACAGAAGCGACACAGGUGUCGAAAUCCUAACAAGUUGGACAUUAACACACUGACAGGAGAUGAACGGGUGCCUGUGGUGAACAAACGCAAUGGGAAAAAGAUGGGAGGAGCCAUGGCACCACCUAUGAGAGACCUUCCACGAUGGCUGGAAGAAAACCCCGAAUUUGGGGUUAGUCCAGACUGGACAGAUAUCGUAAAGCAAUCUGGUUUCGUACCAGAGUCGAUGUUUGAUCGUCUUCUUACUGGGCCUGUAGUAAGAGAAGAAGGGGCUAGCAGGAGAGGAAGAAGGCCAAAAAGUGAAAUUGCCAAAGCAGCUGCAGCUGCUGUAGCCUCGACAUCUGGAAUGAACCCAUUGCUGAUGAAUAGCCUAUUUGCUGGAAUGGAUCUUGCUAGCCUUCAAAAUCUCCAGAAUCUGCAGUCUCUCCAACUUGCUGGCCUAAUGGGGUUUCCCCCUGGGCUUGCAGCAGCUGCUGCCGCUGGAGGUGAUUCUAAAAAUCCUGCUGCCAUGUUGCCUCUAAUGCUGCCAGGCAUGGCGGGAUUGCCAAACCUGUUUGGGCUUGGUGGACUUUUGAAUAACCCCUUAGCAGCUGGCAACAGUAAUUCCACUACAGCUUCCAGUCAAGGAGAAACGGAGGAUGGCACUUCGAAGGCUGAUGAGAAGAAGACUGAAACUGAAGAGGAUGCUAAAGACUCUGACAAAACAGAUACUGUUUCUGCUACUGACUCUGGAUCUGUUGGUGCUGCUGCUACUACCACAGCUGGAUUGUCUGCCAAUCCUCUGGCCUUCAGUCCCUUCCUACUCUCCACAAUGGCUCCAGGCCUGUUCUACCCAUCCAUGUUUCUACCUCCUGGUUUAGGAGGAUUGACACUACCGGGUUUCCCAUCACUAGCUGGACUUCAGAGUGCUGUUAGCUCUAGUGAAGAAAAGGCUGCCGACGACGGUGAGAAUCAGGAAGCAAGCGACGCAGAGGAGAGCAUUGAUAAAACGGCUGAUUCAUCCAUUUUGGAUGAUGAAAUGGCUCAAGGAGAAGAAGGGGAGUCCCCAGAUGGAGAAGAUGAAUUGGACAAUGAAACCGAAAACUAAAAAAAAAAAAAAAUACAGUUAAAGUGUUCUAAAACUUUUUGACAAGUGGUAGUCCUACUGUUUACACUCACAGUAAAUGUCCAUAGUUUUUAUAAGCUGUUCUGUAAAAUAGUGUAGCAAGAAAAAAAAAA